AUGGCCUCCCAAAAAUUCAAUUCUUUCACAUUCCUUUUUCUUGUUAUAAUUGCAUCUGUUUUAAGCUAUGGCGAAGCAGAAACGCAGAUCAACAAUUUCUGCAAAACUGCACAAGACAAGGACCUCUGCAAUACCAUGGUCACUGGAGCACCCAACUGGCAUGAAGCCAUUGGAAAUGCUAUCAAGGAAGGGCAGACUGCUCUUGCAGAUGGUGACAAUGGCACCUUGAAGACGAAGUUAAGCGCAGCAUUAGAUACAGAGUGUGCUGAUGAACUUUCAAUUGCUGGAGCUACUUUCCCACUAGCCAAUAUGGCUAACGAAGUCAGGGGCGGCCGGACAGGGGGUUACCCGCGAUUGGUAAUGGCACAACCAGAAGAGGAGUUGGGAUGGCACAACCAGAAGAGGAGUAGGGGAGACAAGGUUACGCGCUGGGUAGUGCAGCGUAUCUGUUUCGACGACAGGCUCAAAGAAUUCAGAAUUUCUUCGUAUAGAAUGCCGUCAGCAAUUCCCGAUGCACCCGAAGAUGACAAAGAACCAUUCGUUGAGGUUGAUCCAACGGGCAGGUUUGGACGUUACAGUGAUCUACUUGGCAGUGGUGCUGUGAAGAAGGUUUAUCGAGCAUUUGAUCAACAUGAAGGCAUAGAUGUGGCAUGGAACCAGGUUCGACUCAGGAAUUUCAGCAGCGAUCCGUCUGUUAUCAUUAGACUUCACUCAGAGAUCGAGUUGCUAAAGACAUUGAAGCACGAUAACAUCAUUGUUCUAUACCAUUUCUGGAAAGAUGUAGAGAAAAAUACUUUGAAUUUUAUCACUGAGGCGUGUGCAUCUAAUUUGAGGGAGUACAGGAAGAAGCAUCGCCAUGUUUCCAUCAAGGCAAUCAAGAAAUGGUCUAGACAAAUUCUCAAAGGCUUAGACUAUCUCCAUACUCAUGAACCCUGCAUCAUUCAUAGAGAUCUGAAUUGCAGUAAUGUUUUCAUCAAUGGGAAUGUUGGAAAGGUCAAGAUUGGAGAUUUAGGGUUGGCAACAAUAGUUGGAAAGAGCCAUGCAGCACAUUCAUUAUUAGGAACACCUGAGUAUAUGGCUCCAGAACUUUACGAGGAGAAUUACACAGAAUUAAUAGACAUAUAUUCAUUUGGAAUGUGUUUACUGGAAAUGGACACAUUGGAAAUACCAUAUAGUGAAUGUGACAGCCUUGGGAAGAUAUAUAAGAAGGUUACAAGUGGAGUAAUGCCUCAGGCCAUGAAGAAAGUGAGUGACCCAGAAUUGAAGGCUUUCAUUGAAAGAUGCGUUGGGCAGCCCAGAAUGAGACCCUCAGCUGCUCAACUUCUUCAGGACUCAUUUCUUUCCGAUGGGAUUGACUUAGAUGAGAAUGAUGUUUAA